AUGUCCACACUUGUAACUAAACAACUCUGUAACAAGUAUGCGGAAUAUGCUACAAAGGUGCUCUAUUCGGAACUCACUAAAACAUCGCCACCGCCACCGCCAUCGCCGUUGUCAUUGUCAUCAGGACAAGACCAAGACCACCACCCCUUGAAGUGUCCUCUCUUUGUAACGUGGAACAAGAACGGCAACCUCAGAGGGUGUAUUGGCACCUUUGCCCCCCAAAGCCUCCCGGACGGGGUCCGCAAGUAUGCUCUUAUUGCUGCUCUUGACGACCCUAGGUUCCCACCCAUUACAAAGGACGAACUUCCACACCUCGAGUGCCAUGUCACACUUCUACAUUCAUUCGAAGACAUCACUUCCUCCCCACUCGACUGGCAAGUGGGAGUCCACGGGAUACAUAUCUCCUUUUCCAAAAGGGGGAGACACUAUUCGGCAACAUUUCUCCCGCAGGUUGCUCCCGAACAGGGCUGGACCAAGGAAGAGACAAUGGACCAACUUCUGGCCAAGGCAGGUUACCCUGGAUCAUGGCAUGCGGUUGUUAAUGACUUGCAACAACUCAAUGUAGAGAGAUACAGAGGUGAAAUUGGCCACUUCAGCAGUUUGUAG